AUGUCUGACGAAGCACAAAAGGCCCAGACGGCUGCCCAAUCCCACGUGGAGGGCGGUGACACCAUCUUUGGCAAGAUCAUUCGCCGCGAAAUCCCUGCGGAUAUCAUUUAUGAAGAUGAACGCUGUCUAGCUUUCAACGAUGUCAGCCCUCAGGCCCCUACCCACUUCCUUGUCAUUCCCAAGACGCCCAUUGAAAUGCUGUCAAAGGCCCAGCCAGAGCAAGCCGAGCUACUGGGACACCUCAUGUUGACUGCCGCCAAGGUGGCUGAGGAGCAAAAGCUAGACGCCGGUUACCGCGUUGUGGUCAACAAUGGAGCCAACGGCUGCCAAUCAGUGUACCACCUGCAUUUGCACGUUAUGGGAGGCAAGCAGCUCUCCUGGCCCCCUGGCUGCUGA